UACACCAACACCGAUGACAUCUUACUAUGCAAUACUUGGUUGCAAGUGUCGAGGGAUCCAUCCGUUGGAGGUGAUCAAAGUAGAGAUGCUUAUUGGAACCAGAUGAAGGAACACUUUGAUGCUCGCAACGUGAGUGGAAUUGACUGCUCCAACCGACCACUUAGGUCCCGGUGGUCGACAAUCAACUCAGAUUGUCAAAGGUGGGCGGCUUGUCAAAAGGCGGUUGACAAGUUGAACCCAAGUGGCACAAAUGAGGACGAUAGAUACAACAUUGCGCAAAACUUGUUCCAAGAAGAGGAGAGGAAAACCAAGAAGGGGAAGAUCAAGAAAGGAAGGGUCUUUACUUUGCCUCAUUGGAGGCAUGGGUGGCAUGGGUGCACCUCAUGGGAGGCAUGGGUGGCAUGGGUGGCAUGGAAGUUUUGCUUCUCUCAUGGGAGGCAUGGGUGCACCUCCGGCCGCCAUGGGCGGAAUGUCUUUCGAUGAGCCUCCUCGCACACAUUUCCAUGAAGAUGCCGUUGAAGAUCUUGCCAACACCGUCGGAGCUUCACGUGAUGCGGUGCGCGAUGAGGAGAGGGAGGAAGAUUCAUCUUCGGAGGCGGAAGAAUCGUCUUCCGAAGAUGAGGACGAGGACGAAGACGAGGAGGAGGACAAGGAAUGAUGUGUCUUUCCUUUGUGUAUUGAACUUGAUUUGCAUUUUGAACUUGGUUGGAUGAACUUG